AAUACAUUCAUUCCUCUACACUCCUAAGAUCCCAAUUGCGUUUCUAUCCAUCCAAGCCACUUUUCCACAAUAGACUAGUGCCCCCUCACUUAUUUCCGUGCCACAAUCCCAACCUACCUCGGCUCGUCCAAGCUCUUCACAACAGCUAUGCCGCACAACUCUAGUCAUGACAAAACAUACAUAAACACCCAGAUCACCUCGUCCUCAUCCCCACUAACCCGUCAAUCGCUCACCUACAGCUAGCUUCUCCCAUCCUCUCCGUCCAUUCCCACGGGCAUUGCCGACAUUCGUUAACUACGAGCCACAUCCACGAUGACGCACCAAGCCGCAAAAGACGACCUCCGCGUCUCCACGCUCUUCGACUUCUCAAACCACAUCGUGCUCGUAACAGGCGGCGCGACCGGGCUCGGCGAGAUGGCAGCCCAAGCAUUCGUGCAAAACGGCUCCCACGUCAUAAUCGCCUCGCGCAAAGAACCCGAGCUGAAAUCCACAUCCUCGCGCCUCAAUUCCCUCGGCCCCGGACGCUGCGAAUACAUCGUCGCAGAUCUCAAAGACAAAGCCGGCUGCGUGGCGCUCUGCGAGGAGGUCAAGCGCAGAGUCGACAGGCUGACCGUGCUGGUGAAUAACACGGGCGCGACGUGGGGAGACGACUACUACGACUUCCCCGAGAGCGGGUGGGAUAAGCUGAUGAGCUUGAAUGUGAAGAGUAUCUUUUAUGUGACGGUGGGGCUGGAGCCGUUGCUGCUCAAGGGCGCGAGUCCCGAUUCGCCGAGUAGGGUUAUUAAUGUUGCGAGUAUGGCGGGCAUUCAGACGACGGAUGUUACGACGGGCGAGACGGGUGGACUGUCGAAGCCGGGUCAUGGGACGUUUUCUUAUGGCCCCUCCAAAGCAGCAUGCAUACACCUGACCAAAAUGCAAGCCUCGAAGCUCGCGCCCAAGAACAUCAUGGUCAACGUCAUCUGCCCCGGCGUCUUCCCCUCGCGGAUGACGAGCUUUGGGCUGAGCAAGUAUAUGGAUACGCUUGUUUCGGGGCAGCCGACGGGGCGCAUUGGCAAGCCGAGCGAUUUUGGCGGGCUAGUGCUGUUUUUGAGCAGUAUGGGAGCCGCGCAUAUGACGGGGAAUGUGAUUGAGUUGGAUGGCGGGAGCACAUUGACAGGGUGGAGGGGGAAGAGGGGCGAGAGUAAGAUGUAGGGAAAUGGGGAUGUUGGUUGGGUUUUGGCCUGCUGGUGUGAAGGUAAUAGAUACGUUGGGAGGUAGACGGGUUGUAGGUGUUACGAAGUAUGUUGCACGCACCCUAUACCCCGUCUUGAUGUGUGAUCUCGCUGCAAGGCAAGAAACUGCGUAUUCUGGCGACAUAAUUCAGACAAUGGAAGUU